AUGAAUAAAGUCAUAAAGUCUGAAUUAAGAAAAUAUGGAAACAACACAUCAGUGCGUGGAAUAUCAAAAUUUUUCAAAUCAAACGAUAUAUUCCUGAAAUCCUUAUGGGCGAUUUUGUUGUUGGGAUGUACGACCUACCUGGUUUACAGGCUGCACCAGUUGUUGGAUGUCUACUACACUUAUACAAUAACAACGGAAUUCGGUGAAAAGUUUGAUGGAAGCAUUGUUUUCCCAGACAUCACGAUAUGCAACUUGGAUCCUUUUGCUGCUGGUGAACCUGAAGAAAUGUCCAUGAAUGAAUAUUUUUCAAAAGUUGAUGAAGUAAAAAAUAAUUUUAUUCAAGAACUACGGGACAGAGUGGACAAAAAUCAUUAUUUUAAUUUUGAAUUUUUCACAAAAAUAUUCAAAAAAAUGAAAACCGUAUCGGGUUUCAUUAUAAACUUACAGAAAAAUUAUCAAAAUUCCACUGAUUGUCCUAGCUUUAUUGUAGAUUGUAGUUUCUUUGGUGCAAAUUGGUUAGAACUGGGUAAAAAUUGUUCCAUUGAUAAUUUCUCAAAAACCUGGAAUCAAAAUUAUUUAACGUGCUACACAUUGAAAACAAGCAGUUUACAAUUUUCUUCCUCGAAUCUUGUCAGGGAAAUGAGUUUGUUGCUGAAUGUUGGUCCAAUCAGAAACACGAAAAUGACCUACCAAUCUUCCCUUUUGAAUUCCCAAUCGAGAGGAGUUAAGGUGAGUGUGCACAGUCCUGGAACUCCUGCGGACCUCAAGCGUGGAUUCAAUGUGGCUCCUGGAACUGAAAAUAUCGUCGAAAUUACUCAAACUGAAAGAAGACGUUUGAAUAAACCUCACAACAAAUUGGGUUGUACUAAGCAGCAAACCAUGAACAAUUUGUCCUCAAUUAAAUACACGUACAAUAUGUGCAGAGAGAACUGCUUACAUAAGUUCAUAUGUCGAAAUAAUCAAUGUAAAUCGCAUUUGCUGUAUUUAUUGGAUUCGGAAUUAGAGAAGUUACCAUAUUGUGGAAAUUUUAGUUCAUUUUUCAACAUGCCUGCCAAUGAUUCAAAUAUGUUUGAUACACUUUUUUCUAAACUUUGUGGACUUUUUGUCAAGGAAUAUGAUAAUUGUUUGUCUCCAUGCAACGAAAUGUUAUAUCAAUACUAUAUAACAUCAACAACCUGGCCACCACCUUCAAUACAACUUGACAUUUUUGAGAAUUUUUUCAUUGGGAAAGGUUGCAUGGAUUACCCAGAAGUUAUGCAAAGAUACGUUAAUUAUUUUAGUUACUAUAACAAAUCUUCCAGCCACAAAACUUCAAAAGUUUCUUCAUCAAGUUUAACUCAAAUGCAGGAAUCUUUAGUGAAAAUAAAUUUUGUGAUGAGACAAAAUUUUCCUUAUUUUCAAACAGAUAGUCCGGCAUACACAAGUGAUAUGAUGAUUGGCACAGUUGGAGGGAUGUUGUCCCUCUGGUUGGGUGUGACAGUGGCGAGUGCAGUGGAAAUCAUAGAACUGAUCUAUAUUCUCUUCAAACGUUGCUGGGAGAUUGAAAAUCCAAACAACGAAAUGGAUAAAAAUCAGAAUGGCUCGAAGGAAAAUGGAGAUGAAAACAUCCCACAAUCAACUAAAUUAUGA